CAUAGUGAAGACGCUGGUGUGGUCUGUUCAGAAACCCCCCCUGAGCCCACCAUCUCCUUGUACAGUAAUGAGGUCACCUGGGGUCAGGACGUCAGCAUCACUUGCUCAGUUUCAUACAAGUUCUCAGGUGGAACUUUUAUCCUCCAGAAGACUUCAGGCUCAUUCAGUCAGACUAAACCAUCCUCUACAAGCUCUGUUACAUUCAAUCUUCAAAAUGUGAACUUUGAUCAUGAUGGACUGUACCAGUGUCAGUACAUGAAAACAAGUCGAAGGUUCAGCUCUUCCCCUGUCAGACUCACUGUGAGUCUGCAGACACCCAGCAUCUCCCUGACCUCUCCUGGUGCAGGUCUGGUCUGGGGUCCUGAAGGUGCAGAGAUCACCAAGGGUUACAGUUUUGUCUUCACCUGCUCCAUUAACUCGACAUUUUCCAGUGGACGGUUCUUUCUCAUCUUUUCUGACUCCAACAUCACAGACAGCAAGCCAGCAGUCAACAACUCAGCCUCCUUUAGUUUCCCUGUAGCUGAGUAUGAACACCAAGGCAACUACAGCUGUGUGUAUGAAGUCACAGAGUCCACACGGACAUUGAGUUCUACUGCAACAGCACCCAUUACUGUCAUCAUUAAAUUUCCUCGGAUGCUGCUGGUCUCGUCUGUAGUUCCUGUGGUCCUGUUGCUCCUGCUGGUCUUGUUGGUGGUCUUACUGGUGCUCAGGAGAAGGAGGCAAACACAGCAGGCCCACAUCCACACCACAGUGACUCUAAAAACCUGUAAUGAAGAAGAUGACGUCAGUGACGAGGAGAGGAUCUAUAUGAAUGUUGAGACACUGAACACCUACAGGAAUUUUACCAAACAAACAGGAAGAGCGAAGAGAGAGGAAAUAUAUGAGAAAGAGAGAAAAAUGGAAGCAGACCAAGAACAAAGCAGCGGUGAUGAAAAUGAUCAUGUAUAUGUAACACAGAUGUUUGCUGAACAAACUGUCGACCUUUAUGAAGAACAAGAGGACAUUUAUCAAAACAUUUAG